AUGCCUCAAGCACAGCCAGAGCUGAAAAAGUACCUCGACAAACGCGUAGAAGUCCAACUAAACGGCUCACGGAAAGUAAUGGGCACACUACGCGGCUACGAUGUCUUCCUCAACGUAGUCCUAGACGAAGCAACGGAAUCCAAACAAAACAACGAAAAAGUCCGGCUAGGCAUGUGCGUGAUCCGGGGGAACUCGAUAGUGAUGAUCGAGGCGCUGGAUAGGAUCGGAGGGGAUGAUCGACAUCGACAACCUCGGGAUUGA